CCUCUCCCGCUCUCUGUUGGCGGGCUCCAAUCGCUUUGCUUCAUUCAAUCCCAAACCGUUCCGGGACAAGCGAGUGCCCGCGCGCGCCAGGGCCCCCGGAGCGCGCAGGGGCUGCAGCCUUUGUCCGAUGGGGCUCUCAGGGAUAGGGGCAGUGGCGCCCCCAGCCCAGCCUGCGGCCCCCAGAGGCCUGGGAGGGGUAGGUCCGGAGGGUCCCGGGAGAGCGGGGGCUGCAGGCUCCGCAGCGCCUGAAUCUCCUGCGGGAGGCGUGGCCAGCGGCCGCCAUCCGUCCAAUGGGGAGGCGGCCACGCCCACUACACGCGCCCAGGCAGGAUGCUUUAAAUUCCCCGGCCUGCAGUGCAGGGGCUCCCGGGACCUGCACUCAGCUCCACCUGGUCGACCCGCCAUGCUCUCCGCCCGCGUCCCGCUCGCCACCAUCGCUGACCCGCAGCAGCAGCAGCAGCUGCAGCUCUCGCCGAUGAAGGGGCUCAGCCUGGCGGACAAGGAGAACACCCCCCCGUCCCUCAGCGGGACCCGCGUGCUGGCCAGCAAGACCGCGAGGAGGAUCUUCCCGGAGCCCACCGAGCCGAACCCUAAGCUAUCUGCCCCCAGGGUGGAGGAUGAACCACUUCUGAAAGAAAACCCCCGCCGCUUUGUCGUCUUUCCUAUCGAAUACCAUGAUAUUUGGCAGAUGUAUAAGAAAGCCGAGGCUUCCUUUUGGACAGCUGAGGAGGUGGACCUUUCCAAGGACAUUCAGCACUGGGAAACCCUGAAGCCAGAGGAGAGAUAUUUUAUUUCACAUGUUCUGGCUUUCUUUGCAGCAAGUGAUGGCAUAGUAAAUGAAAACUUGGUGGAGCGGUUUAGCCAAGAAGUUCAGAUUACAGAAGCCCGUUGUUUCUAUGGCUUCCAAAUUGCCAUGGAAAACAUACAUUCUGAAAUGUAUAGUCUCCUCAUUGACACUUACAUUAAAGAUUCCAAAGAAAGGGAAUUUCUCUUCAAUGCCAUUGAGACGAUGCCUUGUGUAAAGAAGAAGGCAGACUGGGCCUUGCGCUGGAUCGGGGACAAAGAGGCUACAUAUGGAGAACGCGUCGUAGCCUUUGCCGCAGUGGAAGGAAUCUUCUUUUCUGGUUCUUUUGCAUCGAUAUUCUGGCUCAAGAAACGAGGACUGAUGCCUGGCCUCACAUUUUCCAAUGAACUUAUUAGCAGAGACGAGGGUUUACACUGUGACUUUGCCUGCCUGAUGUUCAAACACCUGCUACACAAACCUUCGGAGCAGAGAGUCAGAGAAAUAAUCGUCAAUGCAGUUAGAAUAGAACAGGAGUUCCUCACGGAGGCCCUGCCAGUGAAGCUCAUUGGCAUGAAUUGCACUUUGAUGAAGCAGUACAUUGAAUUCGUGGCAGACAGACUUAUGUUGGAGCUGGGUUUUAACAAGAUUUUCAGAGUAGAAAAUCCGUUUGACUUCAUGGAGAACAUUUCACUGGAAGGGAAGACUAACUUCUUUGAGAAGAGAGUAGGCGAGUAUCAGAGGAUGGGAGUGAUGUCCAGUCCGACGGAGAAUUCCUUUACCUUGGAUGCUGACUUCUAAGUGAACUGAAGCGCUUUUGAACUCAAUCCUGUGCACACUUAGGUAUCAGUAUCAGCCAGAUGGUGCCACAUGGAACACAGGUUGGUUUUGUGUUCUGUAACCCAGGUCAGGUAUCGUGGGAUUAGAGAUGAGGCGAAAGGAGACUCUAACCUUAGAUCAUUAGGAACUGAAGUGUGAUCCGGACUCACUGGGUAACCUGGUUUGUGCAGGAGGGGCUGUAUUGUGUAAUGUCUCGAAUUGUAUGUUCCCCAACUUCAAGUUAGUAUGAAAGAUCCUUGAAGAAUCUUCUUAGCUGGGAUCCAAGAUAUUAACAUUGUAAAUUGGUUUUCAAAUCGUCCUUGAACGAAAGGAUGCACGUAAGAUCUUGCUCCUAUUAAGUGGUAAAAGCAGGAAUGAAAGUGUCUCUCCUAAAAGUUGAGUGUUUAUUCUGAUUUUGUUGAAUUUGUGUGUUAGUAGGUACUGUUGACUUACCUUAGCCACUUGUACUUUACUUUUAAGUUAGAAAAUUGUUCUACUAAGUAUGUUUUUUAUAUUAUAUCUGUAGUUCAUACUUCGAAAUAAUUACCCAGUAUUAUUUUGCAGUUCAUAAUUGAUUGCAUAGAUAUUGUUCAGUGCAAUUACUCCUAGAGUUUGCCUAAAUCUGAGCGUCACCUGCUGGAUUCUUGAACUUCAGUAGAAAACUGGUUGUUGUGUGAAUUAUUAAUACAUGUCCCACUCAAAUAUUAAUUUCAGAAGAAAGCAUAAACUUAAUAGAUAUAUUUAAUAGGGCUAGUUUGAAUCAAUCUGCCUUUGGGUUCCCUCCCCCCUCCAAAAAAUGCCGAGAUGUUAUGUGGAAGGAAACGCAUGACACAUACCAGCCCUUUGUUGAUACAUUUUGUUCCGCUUUGGCUGACCGCUGGCCUGUCCUACUGUCAGUUUUCUUCAUUUAUUGUAUGAAUAUAAAUGGUAAAAUAGUUGAUUUAAAAUUUUCUGUUAAUAGGGGACCCUUUUCUAUCUCUUAAAUUAUUGUUAUAAAGUUAACCCAGAUUAUAUGGUCCUUACACUUGUGCAAGACAAUAAUAAAGAAACACUUAGCCUGGCGUUGUCAGGUACAGGUGGAAGUUGGAAGCAGAUUUUAGAAUUCUACCUCCCAUUAGCUGUGUGACACAAGCAGUGACUUCUACCAACUAGGAUUCGGUUUCUUCAUCUGUUUAAAGGGAAACAGGUUUUGUCCAAAGUCCUAAUACUGAGUAUUGUACAAGUGUUCAGUGAUUUAAAUAAAACCGUUCUUAUGGCA